CCUUAAGGAGCCCCAGGGGCCCCUCGUCCGGCUCCCCACCCUUAAGACAAGCAAGAGCUUCAGAAAUUCGCGACUGGAGGCCCACGCUCACGCCUUUGCUGCACCUUUUCCGCGUCACGGGAGAGCCCCGAUGAAAAGUUAACUUGUCAAGAGAGAGCGCGAGGGUGGGGGGCGGAGGGGGGUAGGUUUACAUUGACAGGGUCGCGCGCGCGCACGCACACGCACGCGUCGUCGGAGCUGCCGUGCGAUGCCAGAUGAGUGUCCCCAACGUGCUCAUGCGCGCGUGACACGUCCCGGAACCGGAGCGAGCGCGGGAUGGACGUCGCCGACGCCGAGCUUCGGCGUUGCGAGCAAGCUCGGCCGGAGCCGCUCUCAUUAACCGUACGCGGGGACGAGGAGGAGGAGGGAGAGGCGGCGCGCGGCCACGGCGACUGGGGAGCGGAAGACGCACUCGCCAACGGCCACGCCUCCCGAGACGAAUCCGAGGAGGGCUCGGCGGGACCCGUCCGAUCGCCGGGCACCAGCUACUGGAGCAUCAGCGAGAGUCCCGACCGGCCCCCCAUCCUGUCGCCGGCGCCCGGUCCGUCGUCGGGACGCAAAGUGCGCCGUGCGUCGCGCCCGGGCCUGAGCCGCAUCCCGGGCCGCGACCACCGGCGCUACUACCACGAGUACUGGCGCAGCGAGUACCUGAUGGACUUUGACCCGCUGCGCCACGGCAUGAUCUGCAUGGUGUGCGGCAGCUCGCUGGCCACCCUCAAGCUGAGCACCAUCAAACGCCACAUCCGCCAGAAGCACCCCGACUCGCUGCUGUGGAGCGCCGCCGACAAGGAGGUCAUCCGCUCGGGCUGGGAGAGCCACCUGAGCCUCGCCGCCCCGCCCGUCCAGACUUCACCUCGGGGGGACCGAGAGGCCGACGCUGCCGCCGCACCGGCCGAGUCCCAACUGCAACAGAGAAGGAACCUCUUUCCCCGGCCCGAGGCGGGAGACGCCGGCCAUGCGGAAGACGAGGCGGCGGCGGCGGCGGCGGAGAUCCGCACGCUGGAGUGCUACCUGAACGCGUCGCUGCACGCGUGGUUCCGCCAGGAGUUCCUGAUGGAGUACGAGGCGGAUGCGGGCCGGCUGCUGUGCAUGCUGUGCGGCGGCCAGCUUCCCUCGCUGCACCUGGACCACAUCAAGAGCCACGUGCUCCAGCGCCACCCCGACUCGCUGGUUUACACCUCCCAGCAGAAGCACUGCGUCCUGCAGGCCUGGGCCCAGGCGCACGACGAGUCGGAGGGCUCGAUCCAGUCGGAGGCCGACGACGGAGGCGAGCGGGACCCGUCGCCGUCCGGGGACGCGGGUCCGAUCGGCCAAGACGGCGGCCCGGACGCCGUACGGCCGGGCCCCGCCCGCAUGGAGCGGCGCCGCGGCGCCUGCGGCGAAUCGUGGCAGCUGCGCCUGGACUACCUGGUGGCGUACGGGCCCCGGGGCCGUCGGGUCUACUGCAUGGUGUGCUCGCAGGUGCUGCGCGGGACCCAAGUACGCAGCUUCCGCCGCCACAUCCAGCAAUGCCAUCCCCAGACGCUGAGCCUGAGCCAGGAGGAGCGGGAAGCCGCCGCCGCCGCCUGGACCAAAGAGUACUGUGCCGACGGCAUCCUCGCACAAGACGAAAUUAACACGAGUGAUGCCGCCGCUGUUCCGACCACCGACGAAGCCCCGAACGAGGACGCCUCCCCUGACACCAAACGCUCGGUGAAAGAAGAAGAGGAGAAGGGUGAGGAUGGAGGAGUGAAGGACACAAGCAAGGACGCCGCCCCGCGCCACGGUCACUACCCGGGCAAGGACCAGCGGCGCAACUACCAGGUGCGCUGGCGCAGGGACUUCCUGAUGGACUACGACUGCCGGCGGCACGGGCUGAUCUGCAUGGUGUGCGGCGCGGCGCUGGCCACGCUGAAAGUGAGCACCAUCAAGCGCCACAUCCAGCAGGUGCACGCGCACUCGCUGCGCUACGGAGACGCCGAGCGGCGCCGCGCCGCGCUGUCCUACGACCGCAACGCCAAAAGCUUUGUCCACGCCGACGACUGCUUCCUGUCCCGGGAUCACGCCCGCACAGACAUAGGGCACUUUGCCACUUAAGGGGAGGGGGGGGGGUCUCGGGCUGCUCUUGUUUCAGCUUCCACAACAGAUCGAGGGAACGCUAUUAAAAAGCUCCUCCAAAAGCCUUCCCAAUGCAUCUGGAAAAGUAUGCGCAGCGCUUGCUUCACUACUCCACAUGAUGUUAGAGCUUUAUUCAAAAUGGAGUAAAUGCACCCUCCUUAAAAUUCUGCACAUAUCUUGUAAUUUUUUAAAAAAACGUUUUUUGUUAAUUUAUUAAAAAAUGUCAAAAAGUAGAAAAUCACA